AUGAAGAAUAAUUGUAAAUUGUGCCGAUAAAAUACAUAGUAACUCAUAUUGGAUAAAUUACAAAAUAAAUACUUUGAAGCAUUCAAUUUCUAUUUCGCUAAGCCUAUAAAUGAAAUCCUAUCUUAAAUUACAAAUACUCCUCAUGUAAUUUAUUAUAAGGAUUAUCUCAUAUUAGAUGAGCAAUAAGAAUACAUGAAAAGGUAGUUGAACUUCCUUAAAUUGUAGAUAUUAUAAGUAGGAUGAAGUCAAACCAAGAAUUGAUAUUUUAACUGAAUUUUAUGUAACCAAUUACAAAGAUGAACAUCCCUAUCUUUUGAUUGCAGAUUAACAUCAACUGAUGAUAAAGAGGAAUAAGCGAAUUGAUAAACUCUAUUAUUAAAGAGUUCAAUAAAGUGAACAUUCAAAUAAAUCAAAUAAUCAUAUUGUUAUUAACAAUGUUCUCAAUUCAAAACUAUCCUCAAAUUCAUAAAUAAGUUAUGAAACUGAAGAACAUGACAUAUAUUCAUCAUAAGAAAAACCAAAUAAACUUAAUCGUCUUGAUUUUAAAGGCUUAAAUAUUAUUAAUCUAUAGGAAGAUACUUAAUAAUUAAAUUAGAUGCUUGAUAAACAUUAUCUCAUUAUAAAUUAAAUGAGCAACUAACUUAAAAAAUUACCAUCACAUUUUUAUCUAAAAUCUCCUCCACAAAGUUAAUAAAUUAUAUCAACCAAUAAUAUAAUAAAAGAUUUACAUACUCUUAAAAGUGUUAAAAGAAGAACUAAUCAUAAAGAUUUACGUGAAAAGAAAGGUAUUUUCAUAAUUAAUAUAUUUUAGCUAUACUUGCUAAUUCUAAAAGUGAAUCUAAACACUCAUAAUCUAGUUUUAAAAUGUCUAAAAUUAAAGACUCUGUUGAUUAAUAAGUAGAUUAAUUCUAGGAAUAUAUUCCUCCAAAUAAUGAACCUAUUGAUUAAGAUGAUAAAAACAAAACCUAGAAAUUUGAAAAUAAUUUUGUCAUUUAAAGAAUGCUUAGAGAAUAUUAAGGGAAUCAUAACCGAUAAUUAAGAUAGACUAUUUCAUAAGAUUUAAUUGUUGCAAGUACAUCUACUGUAGUCUAAGGAUUUUAAGGUUCUUAAAAGAGUAUUAAAUAGGAUCAAAAUAAUAACAAUAAUGGUAGUAUACAAAAUAUAUCAUAACGAUAAGAAUAAUUAAAAAAAGCAUAUUAACCAAUUAAUAUUUAAUAAAAAAAGAUAAAUUAAAAUUAAUUAGAUAAAAUUACUAAAGGAGGUUCACUUACUGAUAGAAAUUCAAAAUAAUUACCUAUUGCUGAAGAUUUAUUUCAUAAAUUACAUGAUUUAAAAAUUAGAAGCUCAUAAAAUGCAGAUUAAAAUAAAAAACCAGAAUUUAACUAUAUGUUACCUUCUUAAUAUAAUACUCUAACCACAUAAAAAAUGAAUAAUAAUUCAAAAGCUAAAUCUUAAUAUUCUAAGAAAAAUACAGGACAUGAUUUAUGCACAAAGUCUUAGCAUUAAAAAUAAGCAAAUCAUAGUUAAUCUAAAGUUUUGAAUAUAAAUUCUUAAAAAACAGAUGACAUAGUAAAAAAAUACAUUUAAAUGGCUACUUAAUCUAUAUAAAAUAAUAAAAAAUUUGAUUUCAAAUUAAAUCUUUAAAAUUUAAAUAAUAAUGAACCACAUGUAGAAGAUGAUUUUUGUAAUUAUAAAAAUUUAUUUAGAAAACAAACGUCUGAAUUUUCUAACAGAAAGACAUAGUUAACAACAACAAGAUAGAGAUUAAUUUAUAACUCAUAGAAAAAUUGUGAUUAAAUAAUGA